UAAUUAGACUCAGAUUGCCGUUAUUAACCUUCAUUUCCCACAUCAAAACAAAUCCCCUUUUUCUUUAUGCUCAUUAAAGUUAAACAUGGCAAUUUUUUAGUAGUAUUAGAUUAGACAGCAAACACCAUUAAUAACUCACUCAUUUAAUGGUGGAAUUUGACCAUGUUUAAUAUUCUAAAUAUAGGAAUGAAUUAUGAUUGGUCAACCCUAUGAGCAUCCAAACUUACAGAGUAAACAAUAAUCAACAGUAUUAUGAAUUUUAACGCUUGAAUUGAUAUCAUUAGCUGUAAAAAUGUUAGCUCUUUUAUACAAGUUUUGUUUAUCUGCAGCAUAUUUGUAGUUAAGUCAAUUGACUCUUUUACGGAAAGUUUGGUUUUGCUUGAACUCAAAUUUUUAUUGAUAUAGAUCUAUGAUAAACUAAUACUAAUUGUUAUAUUUAUUUGAACAGAAGAAAAAAAAUGAAAAAACACCUUCUCGCUUAGAGCUUUUUCUUGAAUCCAGAAAGAGAAAGCAAGGCAAAGAAAUUGAUCCAAUAUCACAAGAAGCCAUUGAAAAGUUUCAGCAACUAAAGAAACAACGAGAAGAAGGACAAAUUUCACUGGAUGAUGAUGCUAUGUUUGCUGAUGUACUUGGGCCAGAAAAAAAUGGUUAUGUACGUGCUUAUGGUUCUGAAAAAAAUGUCACGGAAUAUUUUGGUGCUAGACCUACAAAGAUAGAACUACUUAGACAACUUGAUACUUCAAGAAGAGAAGCAAACGAGCAUGUCCAACAAAUUCAAAAAGAAGCAAGUGAACAAAUAAAUGAUGUUAAGAAGCAAAUGGAUGAGAAACUUGCAGAGAUGAAUAGAAUAUGGGAGCAGAAAUUCAAGAUGCUUUUGGAGAAAAACAAUAAUAUUGCAUCACUUAUGGAGGAUUCCCAAGAUGAUGAAAUUGGAGGAUGAUUUACAGUAUAUUUGAAGUUUUGGAUUUUGAAGCAGCCAGCAG